GGCCGUUUGGCCACGCAGCGAGUAUGCCGGGUCCACAAUGCGGGAAAUCCUGGAGAGGGAGGAGGAGGAGGAGGAGGAGGAGGAGGAAGAAGAAGCAUUGAGGCGGAGGGGAAUAGGGUUGGGGCGAGAGAGUCAAGGAAGAGACAAGGGAGCCAAGAGCGCCAAGAGAGCGAAAGCGAGCAGAGAGAAGCAGGGAAGAGAAGGGCACGGCCAACUGCGGCGCCGCAUCUGAGCAUCGUGGACCCAGAUGGAGCCACUUGAACUCCCGAGAAGAGGAGCAACAUGGAGAGAUGGAGCCAAGAUAGACCCAGAUAGACCCAGAUACAGUGGAGCGAACCGGGUUGUACAGGAACACGGCGCAUUUUGGUUGAGGAAGCUCGGCCGCCUCACAAGCUCCAAAAAAGCUACGAAAAGCUACGAAAAGCUACAAAAAUACCUGUGGCACGGCCGAACCAUGUGCCUGGAUUGCAACACUUGGAUCUGCAUGAAGACACCGAAUCGUCUUAUUUUAGCGUCGGCCCUGGCAGCCCAAGAACCCAUCAUACGUGCGCGUUCCGACACAAUCUCCACCGGCUUGCAGCCGAUUGUCUCACCGCUCGCUCGCUCACAGGAAAAGAAACAAGAAGAAAAAAAAUGGCGAGAAUGCAAAGAGGCAGCCGGAAAAUUCAACAAACAUUUCUGGUUGCAAUCCCUGUCGCCCGCCGCCUGCACGGAUUACACGGUGCCAAUCGUUCUCGCCUGUGCUGUCAGCGGGCCCUUCGGGUUAUAUCUGCAUGUUUCCCCCCUGUCGCAAGCCACACCGUGGAGGGCACCUGCAGAGGUCGCCGAGGGCCCUGUGCGAUCCCUGAAGGCUCCCUGUGUGCAACUCUAUCCGAUUCCGAGGUAUUCAUGCGGGCGGGUGGAGGAGAAGUGUUGAAGGCGGCUUUUGGAGGGGAUUUUAGUAGAGGCGGUCACGGAGGCGGCGGCUAGUCAAAACAUUCCCUUUGAUAAAGCAGACAGACUCCCC